AUGGACCUUGAGGAGCCUACAGGGCCAAGAAGAGGAACCUUGGAGGAUGAAUUCUCAGGUGUGAGGCUGCAGAAGCUAGAACAACAGCAACAGCUACUCGAGAAGAAACUGCGCAGGAAGCGCCAGGAGCCCCUCAUGGUUCAGGCCAAUCCUGAUGCUUCCCUGAGGCCCAGGCGACCAAGGCGUGGGGAAGAUCGCUUCCAGUGUGACAGCAGCUGGGGAUCUGGUGCAGGGAGUCCUUUCCUUCAGGAGAACGUACCCCAGGCGCAUCUGCCCUCCAGUGCCCCCAGUGCCCUGGUCUCCAAGAGCAGUGUCAGAGAUGGUAGUGGCCAGAGGGCCCCCCUUCUGCCACCCAGAGAAGCAGUAUACACUCAGGGCGAUGGCGCUGCGGUCCACCACCUGUGCUAUCUCCCAGACUGCUUAGAUUCAGAUGUGGAGGAAGUGACCAUGGAGGACAUCCCGGUCAUCCCCCCACCUCCCAAGACACAUCUGGCAACCCGUUGCAGGGGCUGGUUAGCCUCCCCAGGACCUGGGAUCAGUGAAGAGGAAGAGGUUGACUCCAAGGAUGCUGCCUUUGAACCUAAGGCACCCAGUCCGGCCCCAGCCCCUCUAGUGAGCGCUGGUAGCAUUCAGGGACACUUGGCAUCCUGUGAGGAGGAAGAAAACACAGCACAAAGGGAUAUAGAAACAAGGAGUCCAGCCUCUGACCUGGGGGAUGAAGACCUGGAGAAGAAAGUGUGCUCAGAGGCCUCAGAGUCAGCAGGGACAGACAGCACUCCAGUGGGGUCCGAGGUCUUGCAAGACACUAAGGACACAAGCAAGCACAGUGCUUGUACCUGGACCUGUCCUGCGGCCCGCCCCCCAGGCCCUCGGCUGGGGGAGGAUGUGGAAGCUUAUGUGCUGCUCCCUGCACCUCGGGACCACGUGGUGCAGUGCCGCAUCAUCCGAAACAAGCAUGGCAUGGACAAGGGCUUCUUCCCUUCUUACUAUCUCUACCAGGAGGCCGAGGAUGGUGUGGCACAUUUCCUUCUGGCUGGGCGGAAAAGGAAAAUAUGCAAAACCUCAAAUUAUCUCAUCUCUCUGGAUCCCAAAGAUAUGUCCCGCAACGGGAACAACUUUGUGGGCAAAGUUAGAUCCAAUAUCUUGGGCACAAAGUUUACCAUCUUUGAUAAUGGGUUGAACCCUGAGAGGAACUACUGGAUCCCAGACAGUUCCCGGAUCAGAAAGAAGCUGGGAGUUGUGUGUUAUGAAAGCAAUGUCUUGGGAUUCCGGGGACCUCGGAAAAUGACUGUGAUCCUUCCAGGAAUGGACAGGCGGAAGCAGAGGAUGAGAGUCCAGCCACAAAAUGAUCAGGAUUCGACACUGAGUCUACAAAAAGGUGCUAGACAAGGGCCGCUCCUACUGCAGAACAAGGCCCCAUCCUGGAGCGACGAGAGCGGCGGCUACGUGCUCAAUUUUCACGGUCGCGUCACUCGGGCUUCGGUCAAGAACUUCCAGCUUGUGCACCCCGAUCUACCGGACUACCUGGUGCUCCAGUUCGGCCGCGUGGCCCCAAACAUAUUCACUAUGGAUUUUCAGUAUCCUCUUUGCCCGCUCCAAGCUUUCGCCAUCUGCUUAUCCAGUUUCGAUGGGAAACUGGCGUGUAACUGAAUAAAUUAUCAUCCCUCACCAGCUGUCCUGUGAGUUUGCAGAAAGCUUCACGCCAGGCCUCCUUUCUUGUUUAGUUUUUGAUACUCAGUCUGGUCUCCAACAAUGUAGCUGAGCCUGUCCUUGAACACCCCAUCCUCCUGCUUCCAUCUCUGGAGUCCUGGGAUGGCAAGCAUGCACCUUUGUGG